CCAGCAGGAGAGAGAGAGCGAGAGAGAGAGAGAGAGAGAGAGAGGAUAAUAGACUAUUAGAAGGUGGAUCGAAGGCAUGGGAAGCGGCCUCUUCGUUCUGAUGAGGCACCAGAGGAGAAGGAAGAAGAGGGCGGCUUGUCAUCCCACUGUAUCCCGGCUCGCGUAGACCAAGAAGCGUCGGCCAUGGUGUCUGCCCUCACCCACGUGAUCAGCUCUGUCUCCCCGGUCGUCGGUGCCGGAGGAGAUGAGCUGGUGGCGGAACCGGAUGCUAGUUGUGGAUCAGGGCCAGGUUCCAUGGAGAUCGGAACACAGGCUUCCGAAGAGCAAGGUAGGAGGCACUACAGGGGAGUGAGGCAAAGGCCGUGGGGGAAAUGGGCAGCAGAGAUCAGAGACCCGAAGAAGGCCGCUCGUGUAUGGCUGGGGACCUUCGACAGGGCCGAGGACGCCGCCAUGGCCUACGACGAGGCCGCCCUAAGGUUCAAGGGCACUAAAGCCAAGCUCAACUUCCCCGAGAGAGUCCAAGGCCGCACCGACCUCGGCUUCCUGGUGACUCGAGCAGCACCCGAACGGCAACCCCAACCGCCGGCGACUUCAUAUCCGGACCUGCGUCAGUACGCUCAGCUCCUCCAGAGCGGGGACGCAGACGUGCACAACGCGGCCCUCGGCCUCUACGCCGGAAGCACCAUCACGUCGACGUCCUUGUCUGGCUCUUCGCAAGAGACGCAGGAUUUAUCUUCUCGAUCGCAGUUCACGAGCUCUUCCGCUUCCAGCUCGUGGCCUCAGAGUGGCCAGAAGGAGAAAGAUCAGCGGCCACCAACCAUGUAAAUGACGGCUUUGAGACGGUGAUAAAGAGAGAGAGAGAGAGAGAGAGAGAGAGAGGCGCAAGUGUGCCGCGUCAAAGAUACAAAAGAUUGCGAUGACUCCUUGUGCUUAUCCCGGAAGAGUUCAAUUAGAAUCAUGCAUUGUCAUGAGCCUUAUCCUAA